AUGCUACGAGCGACGGGAAAGGAGGAGACCGACGUGAUGAAGAGAUUGUUGACUUGGUGGAAGAAGAAGGAGAAGAAGACGGAGACAGCGAAGACGAAGACGAAGACCAGGUCACCGAGACAGGGUCAGCGCAAAGCGAACGGGGAAAACAACCAGUCUUCCACCAUGAGAUCUACAAUCGCUUGGUGCACUUGA